UAGUUUUGGUAUAUUACAAUAUUUAAAUGAAAAUUUCAACUAAAAAUUAUAUUUUAAGACUUUACGUGAUUUGAAUUGUUUUAGUUGAUUAUAUAAGAUGUUUUUAUUAAAUAUUUUCAAAAUUUUAUGGUUAUACCACAAUAUCAUACUGAUUACAGCAGGACCCGGCAAAAAUUUGUUCUCAAAGAUAUUUUCACCUAAAUCGAAUACGAGAUUUUCAUCGGAAUUAUCAACACCAUUAAUCAAUGAAGUCUUAACAUCUAGUUGUAAUAAUAAAAAUGCUUCGUCUAGUACGGAUUCACCAUCAAAUAAUUUAGUGAAAUAUGUAACAGGGAUGUAUAGUAUUAAUUUUGAAUGGCAUGCAACUACUAAAUAUCUUAUAGCUGACCACUAUUUUCAACCAGUUGAUUCAGAGUGGCGAGAACAAAUAAGUAAUAAAUUAGAAUUUCAAACAAUAAAAACUUACACUACUGAUAACUUAAAGAAAAAAUUGAAGUCUCCGAAAUGUUUGGAUGAUGUGAAAGUUUCUAUUGAUGAAAACAUAUUUUACAAAAAAAUAUCUCUUCUAUUUAGUGGAACACAAAAUAAUUACAAAAUUUUCCGUGAAAUGGUUUUUAAAGUAGUAAAACAAAACGAAAAUAUUGCUACUUUAUUAGGAGGUGAUGACAAAAGACAACAAUAUGUAAAUAGUGGACAUUUUAACAAAACUGGCGUAGUUGAAAUGAUAGCUUCAAGUAUUGUUAUUGAAACGUGCAUAUAUUUAUAUAUAAAAAAAUUGAACUGGUGGUUAUACAUUCCUAAAGACUGGUCUAAAAAAACAAUUUCUAAAAUGAGUGAAGAAAAAUGUAUUUAUUUAUCUGGUGAAGGCCGUCAAUAUUUUAUAGUUGAAGAUGUAGUUGACUAAUAGAGAACUAUUGACAAUGCUUUACAACUUUUCAUGCGAAUACUUCAUAAAUAUAUACUGAGUGAUUCGUUUAUCAUAUUUUACUAUUAAAAUAAAAAUAAUGUCAACAAUAAUUUUUUGAAUUUU